UCUCCUCUCCUACAACACAAUGAGUGAAACAGUGUUUGUUUUGGAUAUGCUCAUGAAUUCGUCGUCGUCGUCUUCAUCGGACGACGACGAACUAAUUCUUGCAGCAUUUGCGGAGCGCGAUGAGGAAGAGGAGGCAAAUGCUCGACGUCAUGGUGGUUCCACGCUGGGACGGCAGUAUUUGUAUCGCGGAAGAGAUGCGGGAUUUGUUCUACUGUGGGACGACUACUUCAGAGAAAAUCCCACCUUUCCCGAAAGUUAUUUUCGUCGAAGGUAUAGAAUGUCUCGUAAUUUAUUUAAUCGCAUAGCUGAAGCAGUACUUGAGCAUGAUAGUUAUUUUAAGCAAAAAAGAAAUUAUGCUGGAGCUCUUGGAUUGCAUCCUCUGCAAAAGAUGACAGCUGCAAUGCGACUGCUAACGUAUGGAUAUGCCGCUGAUGCCGCGGAUGAGUAUUGUCGGUCUGGAGAAUCUACUAAUCUAGCAUCUUGCAAAAAGUUUGUGAUAGCUAUUUGUGAAGUCUUUGGGGACCAGUAUCUGAGAUCUCCAAAUGGAGAAGAUACUGCUAGAUUACUUGACAUAGGGGAGCAAAGAGGUUUUCCUGGUAUGUUAGGGUGUAUAGAUUGCAUGCAUUGGACUUGAAAAAAUUGUCCUAAAAAAUGGCAUGGCAUGUUUAAAGGUCAUGUGAAUAAGCCCACAAUGAUUCUGGAGGCAGUUGCAUCGAAGGAUCUUUGGAUUUGGCAUGCAUUCUUUGGUUUACCAGGGUCUCCCAAUGACAUAAAUGUUCUUCAACGUUCACCUCUGUUUGCAAAGCUAUCCGAAGGUCAAGCUCCAGAAGUGAAUUAUACCAUCAAUGGCCAUCCGUAUACAAUGGGGUAUUACCUUGCAGAUGGUAUAUACCCACCAUGGGCAACAUUUGUGAAGACCAUACCAUCUCCAAAAGGCAGAAAAAAGAAACAUUUUGCCAAAAGACAAGAGGGAGCCAGAAAGGAUGUGGAGAGAGCCUUUGGAGUUCUGCAAUCCCGCUUUGCUAUUGUUCGAGGACCUGCCAAAGGUUGGAAACGCAAAGAAAUUGGUGAUCUAAUGAAAGCUUGCAUCAUAAUGCACAAUAUGAUAGUUGACGACGAGCGAGAUAGCGGUCCACGAGACUACAACUACGACUAUGGGAGUAAAGGUGGUCCCAUCUCGUUCUCAUGCGGAACAACUGAGUGUGUUUAUUCAAAUGAAUCAACGGAUCACAAACAGAGCAUUUCACUCUCUGCUUCAAGAUGAUCUAGCUGAGCACAUCUGGCAGAAGUUUGGAGAUGAAUGAUUAUGUACGCAGUUGUAAUAAUGUAGUUGAAUCUUAUCAUGUACUAUUUCAGUUAUGGCAUAAUGCAAUGUUUCCAAUAUACUGCAAUGCUUUCACAACUAGUUUAGACAAUAAGCAGUUCACACGGCAAAUAGUUGACAUGACAAAUAGUUCACAUGACAAACCUGAUGUGUUCUAUCGGCGAGCGGCAAUCUCAUUCUGCUUGUUGAUGUAGAAUCGUUGUUGUGCCCCACUCAUAGUAGUAGUGUCCAUGGACAUGAUCUUCUCUUCUAACUCAAACUGUUUCUGUGCCAUCUCCCUCUCCUUGAUUGUCAUUUGCCUCUCCCUCUCUUGGUUUGCCAUCUGUCUCUCCCUCUCUUGGUUUGCCAUCUGCCUCUCCUGCAAUGCAAUUUGCUUCUCCUACAAUUCAAAUGCUCGCUCAUAGCGAGCAUUCUUCGCGGCCUCUUUCGCCUCGGCCUUCUCUAGCUUUUGUGCCCACACAGUUUCUAAUGAUAACUUGGGAGCAAGAGCAUCGGAAGCAGAAGCUUUAACUUUCCGUAAACGUUCUUUAUCUCGCUUAUUACCAUCAG